AAUAAUUAUAUUUAUGUAAUAAAUAGAAAAGAUUGCGCAAUAACAUAUAUUCAUUUAGUCAAUUCCCAAUAGUGUUCUAAUUAAGCAAUUUCUUUUAAAUUGUAUUUUAUGAAAAAUAGUUGAUUAUUUGGUUUACGGUAUUAAUUAUAUAUGCAGAUGAAUUCUCUUAUAAAUCGUACAAUUUUUUUUUGUGGACGACAUUCAUUUGGUUAUUUUAUAAGACAAUUUCGAAUAUCAUCUCAAAACAUGGUUAUCGUAGGUGAAAAAAUACCCACAAUUGAACUUUUUGAAGAUUCUCCAACAAAUAAAGUGAAUCUUGCUAAAAUUUCCAAUGGAAAAAAAGUCAUAGUUUUUGGAGUACCAGGAGCUUUUACACCAGGAUGUUCAAAGACACAUCUUCCUGGUUAUAUACAAAAAGCUUCAGAUUUAAAAUCUAAAGGAAUUUCAGAAAUUUUUUGUAUUUCUGUAAAUGACCCAUUUGUAAUGGCAGCAUGGGGUAAAGCACAAGGUGCAGAAGGCAAGGUACGUAUGUUGGCAGAUCCUGCAGGUCAAUUUACAGAUGCGUUAGAAUUAUCUAUAGAUUUACCAGUUCUGGGUGGAAAAAGAAGUAAACGAUACUCAAUGGUUCUUGAUGAUGGAAUAAUUACAGAGUUAAAUAUUGAACCUGAUAAUACAGGUCUUUCUUGUUCUUUGGUAGAAAAUAUUAAAUUAUAAAAUGCAUAUUAAUGAAUAUUAUAUGACAAACUUAAAAAAUUGUAAAUUGACUAUUUUAAUCUUUAAUAUUUACUUUUCAUUUAAAAAAAAAUUGUAGUAUUAU